AUGCUUCAAGGAAAAGAUGUUGUCAGCAAGCUGCUCUUACUUUGCUUCUGCAUCGUGAAUGAUGCCUACCUUCUGUCAGCACCUUGGAACGUGUCCAUGGAGUCUGUGAACAUGAGGCACCGUCUCCGGUGGAGUCCCCCCAGGCCAACCUGCCCAGCGCCCAGCUACACAGUCCAGUUUCAGGGGGAGUGGGAGCUGCGGUAUAAAAAUGAUAGCUGGGAGGAGGCCAUGGAAUGCCAAUUUAUCCUGGCUACCGAGUGUGACCUCACCUCUGAUCUAGCCUCAGACUCUGACUACAACAUCCGUGUAAGGGCAGAGUGUCAAGGGCAGAAGUCGCAUUGGACAAAACUCAAUGCUACUUUUAACAGAAAUAAAAGUAAGACCACUGUGGAGUCGCUGGGUGUUCAGCACCUCAGUCACACAUUCCCGGGGUUGAAGCAGGGGACCACCUACUGCCUGCGGGCUCAGGCUGAGAUGGAGGACAUUGGUGGGGGCGUGAGCAGCAAUGCCAGCCAAUGUGUCUCCAUUCCCAAUUGGCAAAAGUCUUGGCAGGUCCCUGCAGUGGUGAGCGCUGUUUUGGUGGUGACUGUGGCUCUUGGGUGUUUCCUGGGCUGGGCAGCCAAACACAGACGUGCGGUGAUACGAAACACAUGUUUACACAAGAUCCCAUUGCCAUCUGUUCUGGUACAUAACUGGCCAGAGCAUCAUGCAUUCACAUUAGAGCAACCUUUCGAGGCCCUGGAGAUUCCCCUGGUGGUCCAGGCCCCUGAGCCAAAGCCAGACCAGGAGAGGCCCUCAUGCAAGUAAUACGCUGACGUUACUGUACCACCAACCAAGGUUACAGAGAUGCAGCUUCAUACACAAUCUACUUGGAUGCAGGUCAAUGCAAAAAAUGCCAUGCCACCCACCCACCUACAAUGCCAUUAAAUUGCUGAGCUAUUG